AUGAGUCUCCCAGAAGAAUCCCUCACUUCAAGGUCCCCUGAAAUACUCAUAUCCCCAUCAAUUCACAGCUCACCCCAAAUUCUCCUCUCCAAAAAAGGCCAAACCAAACCUUGCUAUCCACCAACAUCUUUCCCCCAAGCAGAUCCCAAAACAAAAUCUCCACAUCGCAGCAUCAAUCAAACCAGCCACGUACCCCCCUCAACCCCCGGUCUCGACGUCUGGAUCUCCGGAAUAUCCAAUCGGAAAACUCUCGAGAUGCUCGGCUAUCCCUCGCCCAACUCACACAUCCCAUCCCUAACCCCCAACCCAUCAUCAUUCCCCCCCACCUCACCAAUCUCCACAAUCCCAGCAAGCAAUCCCACAACCCGACCCCAAAUCCCCGCAUCCACAGUCCUCAACUAUCUUCUCGAGACGUCCCCCAGAAAACUGCACAUCAACCUCAACGGAUCCAAACGCACCAGUCAAGUCGAAGACAAAUCCGAAGACUACGCGAUUCUCCGCUGCAUUGCUCAUUACCACGAGCCGCGCUACUGGGUUUUCGACAUUGAGGAUCUUCACUGCGCAGUAUGUUGCAAACGGAUGCGCGAUCAGCGACGGAGAGAUUACGAGAAGAGGGGGAGAUGGAGCGAGAGGGUUAAGGGAGCGUGGAGACAUCAGCAUUGUGUGAAUUCGUGGUGUCAUGGAGAGUGUACGCAUGAGCGACGGUCUCAUAACGUCCUCGCUCGUCUCGGAUUUGCUACGACCCGGAAAAUUAAAUAUAUCCAACUCGCUAGCUCAUCUGCACGCAUGGAUCCGGAUAUUCUCGCUUCCGCAAUAACGGUUUUGAAACCCUUCGUUGGGAAACUUUCCGGCUUGGAAAUUCUUCUUGUUUCGUCUUCAGAUGCGGUGGCCGGAUCGAGGUAUAUGUGGAAUGGAUCGAGACAAGAAGCGCGACGCUUCAUAUGCUGUUUUGCGGAGUUGGAGGAGUGGUUGGUGGAAGGGGCGAGGUUGGAGAUUAAGGGGUUGGGAGGUUUUGGAGAGUUGGAGGAUAUGUGGUGGGAUGUUAGGAGGAAGUGGUGGAGGAUUGGAGGGAGGGUGGGGGGUGAGAGAUAG